UUUCCAAAAAAUGGAGAACUUCUUCUUCGACGUCUGAUUCUGCUGUUUCGACGAGCGUACAGAAGAAAUGAUAAGGUGCUCUUAUGUUCUUUUCUCUAUUUACAACAUACAAACUGUACAACUUUACAUGUAAACUUGUCUUGAAUGUGAUUUCAUGUAACUGUUGAAGUUUCAAGUUCAAAGAGGAAAAGUUCAUACAAUGUAUAAGAUGGCAUGCAUUGUGACUAGGAAAAUAUUGUAGAAUGUUCCGAUGGAACACUUCUGUUCUGCUUAGAAGCUGUCGAAGAAUACAGAGGAAGCACUAACCAAAACAAACAAUCAAACAAAAAAUAAAUGUUUCUUGUAAACCCACUGUUAUGGCUUGUGUUUCUACGACACUUUGACAAUGUUAUGAUCCAUAAUUACUUGUACGGUACAUGCAGUGUAACAGUUGCUUAAAAACCAAGAUAGCUAGAUUAGAUUAUUGUUAUGCAGCACUUCAACCUGUCUCGUUAUCUCUUAUCAUGCUUUUAUUUGUGCCCUGCAUGUAGGCUGUUUGUUUAUCUUCCACAAGGUUCAUUGCUCAUCUUGUCAAUCAGCAAGUGGUGAGUACUCGUCUGGGUGUUUCUUUUUAUUACGAUUAUUAUUAAUUUAUUUAUUUUAUAUUUUCAUAAAUUUAUUUUUUUUACUAUAUAUUUUUAACGUUUUCAGAAAUAUUACAGUGUAUUUUAAAUGUAGCUGGCUUUAGUUUUCCCAUAGUUGUCAGUUGUCAGUGUAUGUUCUACACUACAGUAUCUAUUCGUUGCUGAUUUUGCUUUUGUUUUUUACCAAAGAAUCCAAUUAAUAGCAGAUCAUUAUAAGUUUCUGGGAACUGCCCACCUACCCCUCCCCUAAACUAACAUUUUGCCCUAAGUGAGAAGUAAGUGUUAAUGUUGGCUUAGGGGAGGGGUAGGUGGGCAGUUUCCCAGAAACAUAUAACAAUCCACUAGCCUACAUGUGUCAGAGUUACUGGUCAGAGGCAGUGAUUUUUUGAUUGCUUCCAGUUAUUUUUUUUAGAAAAAUGGCUCCUCCAACUUCAUCAGCUUAGCCUUCAAAUCAGGCAUUAUUCUUACCUAUUAAAUAAAUACAUUUUUUUUGCAGGCACAUGAGAUCUUAGCCCUGGAGAUUCUGACCUUGCUUCUCCACAAACCCACAGAUGACAGUGUGGAGGUUGCGGUGAGUUCUACGGUGUAUCCAUUGGAAUACUAAGUUUUUGAGCCACAGAUUUGUCAAAUGUACAUGUAUAAUUUUUUUAAAACUAAAACUUACUUUGUAAGCCAAAUGCCAUCAAAUUUACCCUGAUUUUUGUAACCCUCAGUUUUUUCCAUUAGAUUGAAGAGCAGGUUGUUCAUUAGGCAUCGGACAUUGGAGAAUUCUCCUUUUACUGUGAAAAAUUAUUCAGCUGAUGCUUCGGUAUCCUGUGGCUAUUUUUUAUUCAGACGAGGAGCCUCUUUCAAAGAUUCUUGUGUAAUGUUACACCUUUCUCCUGCUACUAGAAUUCUAGAUGAAAACCCUAGUAAUAGUGUUAUUAGGAUUUUAGUUAAACAACAUAGAUUUUAUUAUCUAUUAAAAGGCCAGCAGUCUCUUGGACUACAGAAGGUUGAAAUUUAUCAUUUUAAGCUAAAAAUGUUAUAUUUAAUUUUAUAGAUUGGAUUCUUAAAAGAAGUUGGUAUGAAGCUGACAGAAGUCUCAUCCCGCGGUGUUCAUGGUAUGUUC